CGUAACAGGAAGAAAUUCUACAUGGUCCUCGUGAACUGUCUUUGGACCUGCCAAGGCGUACAUUUUUUGGUUAAGUCGUGCAGUGUCCUGUAACUUAAUUGUGUCUUUAUCAUGUCUGCAAGAAACCCCGGAAUGGAUUUGGAUCUUGAAUGGGUGUCCAAAGCACGAGUUAACACCCAGGCUGUUUUGAAGCGAGCUCAGCAGAUUCAAGGGCGCAAAGUGGCAAAAAAACAAUGGCAGGCUGCAUGGCUGCUGAAGGCGGUCACAUGUAUUGACCUGACCACUCUUGCUGGAGAUGACACUCCGUCCAAUGUCCACCGAUUGUGCAUGAAGGCCAUACAGCCCAUUCGCCGUGAUCAUCUGAAAAGCAUAGACAUGCAUGACAAAGGCAUCACCACUGCUGCUGUCUGUGUGUACCCGUCUCGCGUGGCUGAUGCCGCCAAGGCUCUAAAGGCAGCCAACUCCAGCCUGCCGGUCGCCUCAGUGGCCACGGGAUUCCCCGCUGGUCAGACACACCUGAAGACUCGCUUGGAGGAAGUGCGCCUGGCUGUGGCCGACGGGGCGAGCGAGAUCGACAUUGUAAUCAACCGGACCCUCGCUCUCACCGGACAGUGGGAAGCUCUUUAUGACGAGAUCAGACAGUUCAGAGAGGCGUGUGGAGACGCCCACAUGAAGACCAUCCUGGCUAUAGGAGAGCUGGCCAACUACACCAAUGUCUACAAGGCCAGUCUGGUCUCCAUGAUGGCAGGAUCUGACUUCAUCAAAACAUCAACUGGCAAAGAGUCUGUCAAUGCCACCUACCCGGUUGCCAUAGUGAUGGUUAGAGCAAUCCGUGACUACUUCCUACGAACGGGCCAUAAGGUGGGCUUCAAGCCAGCGGGGGGCAUCCGCACGGCCCAGGAGUCGGUGGUGUGGCUCACCCUGAUGAAGGAGGAGCUGGGCGACGACUGGCUCAGCCCCCACCUCUUCCGUCUGGGCGCCAGCAGCCUGUUGGCGGACAUCGAGAGGCAGAUCUACCAUCAUGUGACCGGACGGUAUCCAGCUUAUCAGGAAUUGCCCAUGGCCUAAAUGAGUGGGGAAUGGAGUUAUACAAUACAGUCAAAUAACAGACCUUCAGCUUCUCACAAGCAAGACCUCAUGCCAUGACACACAUUUGGGACAUGUACAUUUGAGCCACUGCUACUGUUUCCAGUGGGUUGUGGCGACUGUCUGUAGUGCACUUUUACAUUUCAGUCUUAAUAGAAAAACUGAAUUUCAUUUUUAGACAUGACAGCCUAACAACAACAAAGACGUGUGUUAUUAAAAAGACUGUGGUGUACAAAGUA